CCAAAUUCCCAAACUUUUCUUCUUCUUCUUCUUCUUCUAAAAUGGGUGUGGUUGCAGGGGUUCACAGCAAGCUCAGCAACAGCAGAGGAAGGCCUUACGCUCUGAUGCUGCUGGUUGCAUUUGGGGCAGCCUUGCUUGGAGUCAUGCUCCUUCAUAAGUUCAGAGAAAGGCGCAUAUGCAACCUUCUCCUCAAGCGCACAGACGAAGAUCUCCAUUCCUUUCAACUCCUCUUCCAGAAGGAAAGAGAUCGGAGUAAGGAAUUAGAGAAGAACAAUGAAGACAUAAAAGAAUCGAUGUUUUUGCUCCGAACCCAGAAAAUGGAACUUGAUAGGAGGCUGCUGGAGUUGCAAUCGACCAUCGACUCGCUCCGAGACGAGCAGAAGAUCAUAAGAAUUGCACUCCAAGAGAAGCAGAGUGAGAUCAAGAUGUUGAGGGAGAAAGAGACUGAAAAUGGGAAUGAAAAUUCUCAAGUGGUUGUUCUAACUCAACGCCUCAAGCAAAAGGAAGAUGAGUUGGAGGAUUUGAGACGUCGACUUAAGUCUCGUGGAGCUGUGGCUGCUAAUGAUCCAUCAGACCCACAUGAAGAUUCAAUAAAGAUUGAAGAACAAAGCGAGAUAUUGCUAGAAUCAAUGAAGAAUAACAGAGGAGAGAGUAAACCAGACUUCAGCGAGGGAAGCACUUCAAAAAGAGAUGAAACUGAAACUGAAACUGAAACUCAAAAGUCAGAGGAAACCCCUGAAAGAAGGGAGAAAGAGGGUGCGAAAGUGCAGAAGCAAGUGAGCUCUGAAGAUGAUGGCGAGGAAUCUAAGAUCACCAACGAUCACAAGGGGGAAGAAGGUAAUGAUUCUGAAGCAAUUGAAAAUCAGAGAGCUGAUAAGAUCCUGAAUGAUGGGAUGAAGAUGAAAACAGAAACAGGCAAAUAUGGGCAUACGAGAAAGAUGAGAGGAAAAAGAUGGAGAUACAUCGCCAAGAAAAGGUCGGGGGAUAACGGAUGGAGACUGAUUUCGAAGAAAAGGAAGCAGGAAAACAACAGAAAUUUGGAAGACAGUGUGGCUACUAGCACGACCAAUAGGAAGUUCAUUAAGGGAGGGACAUUCAAUGAGGAGAAAAUGAAAGAGUACCCAGAGGAAGCUAGAGAAGAGGAAAACAAAAGGUUAAAAGAAGAAGAAUUGAAUAGGGAAUCCAAUUCUGAUGUGGGAGAUGAUAGCAUUAAGCAAAACCCAGAUGAAGAGAAUGAGCUAAAAGUGAAGAAAAGUGAAGAAAAACAGGAACAAGAACAGGACGACGAUGGUCAUUUCAAUAGGGAAUCCAAUUCUCAUGUGGGCGAUGACGUUAAAGAAGAAACAAACAAGGAAGAGACAGAGGACGAGUUCUAAAUCAAAUGCAAGUGUUGUUUAUUUUUUGAUAAUUUGAGUAGGCAAAUGGGUGUUGUGUUAGUUGUGUUGUAGUGCAUAGAGCUUGCUCGAUCAUGUUACUAAAUUAUGAGUAAUCAAACCUAGACUUUCUACUCGACUA